UUACUACCCAUCGUCAUACCUAUUUGCUUAACCCCAAUUAUUCAUGGAUGGCUUGGCUUUAUCAGCAUCUGGUGCUUAUAUCAAGGAACGCUUGUGACUCCAAUUUCAUAUCAAAUGGCUUUUGAGAAGCUAUGCCUAAUCUUCUUGCUGUUUCUCUUACUUGCCUUGCUUUCACAUUCUGUAGUCUCUCAAUCUUCUAAGAAUAUAUCUUUGGGCACUUCCAUCACUGCAGUGGAAAAAGGCUCCUUCUGGGCCUCACCAUCUGGUGAAUUUGCAUUUGGUUUCCAACAAAUUCAGAAAGAUGGGUUUUUACUAGCCAUUUGGUUCAACAAAAUACAAGAAAAAACUAUUGUCUGGUCAGCUAAUGGACAAAAUCUUGCUCCAAAUGGUUCCAAAGUUGUGCUUUCCACAGAUGGUUCUUUCCAGCUCGUUGAUCCCACUGGUAAGCAAAUUUGGAUUGCUAGCCCUAUAGGAAAUGGAGUUUCUUAUGCUGCCAUGCUUGAUUCUGGUAACUUUGUGCUAGUUGGUCAAGGAUCUCAAAAUUGGUGGCAAAGCUUUGAUCAUCCCACUGACACAAUUUUACCAGGACAGAUUUUGCAUCAACCUGCUCAACUUGUUUCACACUAUUUGCCAAAUAACUAUUCAAAGGGGAGAUUUCUGUUUGCACUUCAGGAUGAUGGGAAUUUUGUGCUUUACACAACAAAUUACCCAACGGAUUCUGUAAAUUAUGCUUAUUGGACUACCCAGGUUUUUGGCAGUGACUUCUCAGUGGUCUUCAACCAAUCCGGUUCUAUAUUUGUUCAAAGAAGUAAUAAAAGUAUAAUCCAAACAAUAUCAUCUCUGAAGGACAUCUCUGCACAAAAUUUUUACCAGAGAGCUAUUCUUGAUUAUGAUGGAGUCUUUCGGCACUACAUCUAUCCCAAGGAUAGUAAAUACAGCACAAGAAAUCAUCCUAUGGCUUGGUCAAUUCAGUCUGUGACACCUUCAAAUAUUUGUUUGAGAAUUAGUGGACCUAUAGGAGGUGGAGCUUGCGGACCCAACAGCUACUGUAACUUUGAUGGUAAGAUGAAAAGUUGCAAUUGCCCAGCUGGUUACAGCUUCAUUGAUCCAAAUGAUGUGAUGAAAGGAUGCAAACAGAACUUUGUUCUACAAAGUUGUGAUGAAGCUUCUUCACAAGCACAUCUCUUUUAUUUCAAUGAGAUGCUACAUAUUGAUUGGCCAAACACUGACUACGAAUACUUCAAACCAGUAAGUGAAGAUUGGUGUAGACAGGCUUGUUUAGAUGAUUGUCUUUGUGGAGCUGCUUCUUUCAAUGAAGGGGCAUGUUCCAAGAAGAACCUACCUCUCUUUAAUGGAAGGUUUGAUUUAUCAUUCCAAGGGAAAGCUCUAAUCAAAGUAAGAAAAGAUAAUUCUUCUUCUCUGAUUCCUAGAGAAAUUAAUCCAAAGAAUGAUAAAUCAAAAUUAUUUAUUAGUGGUUUGAUACUUAUGGCCACUUCAAUAUUCUUGUGGUUGCUCUUGAUAGUGGCAGUUUAUCUGGUUUUAUAUUGGUUUCGCCGUAAUAAUCAAAAGCUACCUAAAAGUAGUCAAUUUGGGCCAAUCAUGAAUCUUAAAAGUUUCACUUAUGAAGAGUUAUGGGAAGGAACCAAUGGAUUCUCAGAAGAAUUGGGUCGUGGUGCAUUUUCUGUUGUAUACAAAGGUGUUUUGCCAAACCAUCCAAAGAACCUUGUUGCUGUUAAGAAACUAAAAUUGCUGAAUGACAGUGAUAAGGAAUUUGAAGCGGAAGUGAGUGCAAUUAGUCAAACACACCAUAGGAAUCUGGUAAAACUUUUGGGAUUCUGCAAUGAAGGAGAGCAUAGGCUACUUGUUUAUGAAUACAUGAGUAAGGGAACUUUAGCAAAUUUUCUUUUUGAAGGCCAAAGGCUAAGUUGGUAUCAAAGAGUGCAAAUUGCAAUAGGAACAGCUAAAGGGCUCUUGUACUUGCAUGAAGAGUGCAACACUCAGAUCAUACACUGUGAUAUCAAACCUCAAAAUGUCUUGCUUGAUGACUCUUACACAGCUAAAAUUUCAGACUUUGGUUUAGCAAAGCUCUUGAAGAUUGACCAGGCCGUAACUACAACAGCAAUAAGAGGAACUAAAGGGUAUGUUGCUGCUGAGUGGUUCAAAAACAAGCCAAUCACCAUGAAGGUGGAUGUUUACAGCUUUGGAGUUAUGUUACUGGAGCUUAUUUGUUGCAGAAAGAAUUAUGACAGUAAUGUUGAAGAUGAGAUUAAGAUGGUACUAAUAGAUUGGGCAUGUGAUUGCUUUCACUACAGGAGAUUUGACUUGUUAGUGGAAGAUGAUAAGGAAGCUUUGAGUGACAUAGAAAGGGUAGAAAAGUAUGUGCGAAUCAGUAUUUGGUGCACUCAAGAUGAUCCAUUAGCAAGACCCACCAUGAAGCAAGUGGUACAAACGCUUGAAGGAUUCAUGGAUGUGCCAAAUCCCUUUGUUCUACAAUCUGUUACAAGUUAAGGGUUAUUUUGUCAGCUUAUAUAAUGCUUGGCAGCGGUCAAUGAUGCUGGUCUUUUUCUUCAAAGGAAGCAAUAGCCUGUUUGCAUUGGUUUGGAAGCAAGAGUUUCGAAAUCUUUUUUUUUUUUGGUUUUCUUCUGUUGGGCCUGCUAGAUGUGUUUAUGGUGUGUCCUUCUUGUAUGUUGGGCUUUGUGUAGUCUAGUUGAGUAUUGUCCUAGUUUCUUGUCCUAUCAUUUUAUGCAAAUAUCAUGUCACGUAUCUUCAAUUGGAUUCAGAAUCCUUGAAUAUGAUAUAGUCUUGUAGUCAUAUAAAAAAAUGUAAAUAUCUGUAUUAUUUUCUUGUUUUAUCAAGAAAUAAAUAAAUUUUGUCAACGCCUUCGUGACUCAAUGGCAUAAGCACCUUCUUUAAGUGUCUUU